AGUUUUUUUAUAUUUUUUAUAUUUUUCAGCUAAGAAACGGUUCUUAUGUGUUUUAGCCAAAGUUAAGUUCUUAACUGAGGUUAACUAUCGUCUAAAAAAAUAUUUAACAGUUAAGAAAAGAUAAAAUAUUUGGGCCUACCACACUUUUCUUUAAAAGCCCAGAAAAUGUUUACAAAAAUACAGUUAGACAGGCACGUGACGGACUCGGGUGAUAAAAAGCGACGACUCCACGUGUAAACAUGCAAAGGCCAAUCAAUUCUCUCUUGCAUUUAUUUCGCUUUUUUUUUGUUUGCAGAAAUGAAAAUCUCUGUUCUGCUCCUCCCUUCCUCGGUUCCUCCUAAGUUAAACUCAUCACAGCUGAUUAUUUUCUCAAUGUUCAUUUUAUAUAUAGAGUCAAUAAUUACUGAUCUUGGCGCGUUUCUAAAACGAGCAAGAGGGAAACAUGAGUCCGUGCAAAAGAAAGAAUGAGGAGGAAGCAGUUGCUGCUGACGAUGCUGUUUGUCUGAUCAGUAAAGCCCCAGAAGGAAUCUCAUUGGACAUACCACAAAGAAAGGGGAAGGAGCAGGAGUGUUCAAGAGAAGAAACGUCAAGUGGACUUGUGUAUUACCAAGACUGUAACUCAUAUGCAGAGCCUCGAGAAACAUGCAAGAGAAAGAAAGAUGCUGGGGGAAUCAUCAGUAAGACCCCGGAAAGAUCUCGGGAGACUUACAAGAAAAGACGGGUCAAGGACUCAUCAACAAACAAGAAUGGCGAAACUCUUAUGGAAAUAGACAAAACAGAUGAACCCACCAGUCUGUCACUUGUAUUAGUUCCUCCUGAGAUGAAGGAAUGUGAUGCAGAAGCAGCGGUUAUAACCACUGGAACAGCAAGUAAAGGGACUUUAGGAUCAUCCAUCGACAUUGGUGUCAAUAAAGCUGCUUACUUCUUCCAGGUUGCUUUGCCCGGUGUCUGCAAAGCUUCCGGUGAAUUCAGCUGUGAGAUUGAGUCAGAUGGAAAGGUUAUACUAGAGGGAUCAAGUACUACAGGAUGUAAUACGAUAAAGAGGCAUUCUCGGGUUUUCAAGAUGAAUAUCCGGAAGCUUUGUCUGCCUGGACCGUUCAAGCUGUCAUUUAGGCUCCCAGGACCAGUUGAUCCACGGCUAUUCUCUCCUAACUUCCGAUCAGAUGGUAUCUUUGAGGCUGUCGUCAUCAGACAGGAAAACUUUAUCUAGAACCAAAGGUCCCUUCAAGCCCGGAACGCAUUUAGAUCUCUAAUGCGGCUAUAGAAGCUAGGCCCCAAUCCAAACAUCUUGUAUGGAUGGACAUAUCUCUCACUCUUUUGGAGAUAACGCAUAUGAUAUGCUUGAUCACUUGAGUUUUCACCCAAAUAACCUAAUUGUAAGCGUAGAGUAAUUAGUACCGUAGUAAUGGAGGAUCGAAUCCAAAAGAACUUUUAAUCACACUUAGGGAAAUUUGACAAGUUAUUAGAUAAGCCUAUAAGAGAUUUAGUUGUUGUUUUUUUUCUAUUUCUAACUAUUGCAAAGAAGAUAUAUAGGCCAGGUUUAACUUUUUUCUAUAAUACUAUAUGUUCAAUAAUCCUAAAUACUAACUACCAUUCAGAUUCCAACAUGUAUUUAAAUCAUGUUUAAAUAUGUUUAGUGGAUACUGUCGAUGCGUUAAACAACAUAAAAUCACAAACAGGUGACUAAUCCAAAUCCAGCACUAAGAAUAGUGAUAGACUGAGUGAGAACCAAAUUAUAAAAUCUCUAAUCCAUAAACCUAUACUAAAGAACUACUCAUUCAUGAUAACUAAACAAUAACAAGAUGAAUCUUAAGCGAACUUUUUUUAAUACUAUAAGUUUGGAAACCUGUAAUCCUUUCAUACCUAAAACCACAAUAGGUAAUAUUGGUUUCGUCACUCAAACCGGAAACCUCUUGACACACUUUAAACUCUAAAAUCUUGUCUAAUUGUGUCUUUAACCAUGAAACGAACAUGUACUAUAUAGAACCACUAAAGAAAAAAACAAAAAAACUCCAAGAAAUCAAAACAAUAAUAAAACAAAUCAAUUUCAGUUAAAACCCAAAGCAAAAGCUCAAAGAAACACAACACAUCACUGCUAACCAUCGGUCUAUGCAGUGUCGUUUCCGUGAGGUUUUCAUGUUAAGACUGUCGGCAUGUUGUUUACACAUCACUGCUAACCAUCGGUCUACGCAGUGUCAUUUUCCGCGAGGUUUUCAUGCUAGACGACUACUACUUACUCUUCGUCAGAGUGAAUUAAACCGAAAUAAAUGGAUUAAUACAAAAGCCUGGUUUAAUUAGUCUGCCGGAGAUCCUCAAACAGUGAAUAUUGUGCACGUCGUGACAACACAAAUAGAAUAUAACAACUCACCAAGUCUUCCUCGGAUUCAAGCAUAAAGCAGCAUAUUUCAUGAGCUUGGAAAUAAUAUAAUGAAAAACAGACAAAGACUUCUUGUACAGUUGUACCUAACUUAUAUAUAAUAAGUACAAUCAUUAGUAUCCUGUUUCACUUUAUUAUGCCCUACCUACGAAGUCCAAAGCUUCCAUAAACAAAACCAAAUAAAAGUGAAGAGGGAUCAGCUAUGAAUUCAGAAUCGCAGAUCAAGAAAAGGACGUUGCCACCAAGGGUGUUGUCGUCUCUUGAUGCAGCUAGAAUACAAUGGUACCACUUCAAAGCGAUCAUAAUAGCAGGAAUGGGACUAUUCACCGACGCUUACGACCUCUUCUGUAUCGCACCGAUCAUGAAAAUGAUAAGCCAUAUUUAUUACCACGGUGACUCCAUCAGCACACCAGUUCUCUCCAUCUCUUACGCCAUCGCUCUUCUCGGGACAGCAACGGGUCAACUCGUGUUCGGUUACCUCGGCGACCGAGUUGGUCGUCGCCGAGUCUACGGGCUUUGUCUGAUCAUCAUGAUCCUAAGCUCCUUUGGCUGUGGCUUUUCCGUGUGCACCAGUCGUAGGUCUUGCGUUAUGGUCAGCCUCGGUUUCUUUCGGUUUAUUCUGGGUUUGGGUAUCGGUGGUGAUUACCCACUCUCGGCUACCAUCAUGUCGGAGUUUUCUAAUAAGAGGACACGUGGCGCCUUUAUAGCUGCCGUGUUCUCCAUGCAAGGGUCGGGGAUUCUUGUGAGCUCAGCCGUGACGAUGGCUGUUUGCGUGGCGUUCAAAAACUUUGGCGGUGGUUCGAAGGCUGAUGGGGAGGCUCCGGUUGUAGCUGACGUGGCGUGGAGGCUGAUACUUAUGAUCGGUGCUCUUCCUGCUGCACUGACCUUAUACUGGCGAAUGUUGAUGCCGGAAACCGCAAGGUUGGUCCAAAACUUUCUCAUCAGUAUUAUUUUACAAUCUCUUUUUACUUCAUGCGAUUAAUAUUAAAAACGAACAAAUGCUUUUUCUAUUUUAUACACAUGCGUUAUUGCAUCUAAAAUAUUAAUUCCACUAAAUAUUUUUUCUAUGAGUGGUGGUGACAUGUAUGCAAUCCCACUCAUAUUACUGUAAGUAAAUACGUCAUGAAUCUGUGUUUCCAAUGACAGUCAUAAAAUCUUGAAAGCUACAAGAUUAAGAUGACAUCGUUCUACACAGUUGAAAUUAUCCUAUAUUUUGAUAGGUUUUCUUUGCAGGCAAAAACAGCAGUUUCAUUUAUUUUAGAUGUUUUGCAGUUUCACAUAUUUUGUAGGAUUCAAAUAUAAAAUUAAAUUAAAAAAAAAACAUUAUGCUUCUUCAACAUCUAUUUUUAUAGUACAAUAGAAGCUACGAUUUCGAACAUUCCCUCUCAACCACCAUGGUGACGCCUUACUUACGUGUUUUCCUAGAUGCCCUCUACAACUCUAAGAGCAUGAUUAGUGGGGAAUUUUUACAAGUGUUCUUAAAAUAAAUAUAAUGAUAACAUUUUAAUUAAGUAUUGUUUUGAGAUCUCCAAAUCAUGAAAAAGGUUUUUCUAUUCUAUUGAAAAAUGCUAGAGUUGACGGUUAUCAUUAAUAUUUUGAUGGUAUUUUCAAAUAUUUUUAUACAAUAUUAGAUUCCUUAAAAAUUGUAGCUGUUUGUAUAAUUUAAUAGCUAGUUUCAUUGAUAAAAUAUCAGUUAUUCAGAGGCUUACAAAUUAGUGGUUUGUUUCAAAUGAGUCAUUGACUUUGUAAGGGAUACUGGGAUAGAUACCAAACAUUGUGGUAUAUACCUUACCAGCAUCUUAUCCUUAAGUAUUCUAUUCCAAGACCACCUAUUAUUUUUAACAAAAAAGUCUUCACCAAUCAUACAUGCAUAUACUUUGUUUCUUAAUAUUUUGUAAUUUUAUUAUUCUUUCAUGUUUGUCAUAAUAUCUAUAUCGGGUAUCACCUCCAAGCUAGUCCACUAAUUUGUACUUUAAUCCGUACAUCAUUCAAUAGAAAAGGCCAAAAAAUGUCACGAUAACCUUUUUUCAAAAUGUCAUGAUAACAAAAUAGAAAGACUUUGUUUAAUUCUUUAAUAUACAAACUUUUUAUAUUCAGUUUAAUACUUAAAUUAAUUAUUAUAAUACAUUUACUUUUAAAAUUAUCUUCACUUUAAUAGUCAAACUAUGUUAUUUUAAUCAAAAAUGUUAUUACGUUUCAAAUGAAAAUUUAAAAUCCCCAAAUUCAGAAAACAAUCUAAAAAAGAAAUCUAAUUUUAUUUUAUGUUUUAGAAAUACAAAGAGCUAGAACUAAACUGCAGAUAACCUUAAACUUUUAAUUUUGGUCUUAUUUUCAAUAUCAAAUUUAAUUUGUUUUCCGACACUUAAUCUAUUUUGUUUGUUCAAAACUAAGUUGUCUAAAUUAUCAAUUUUGAUCCAAAAUUUAUUUCUAAAAUUUGAAAUUAAUUAGAUUUUUUUUUAAAGAUUCUUUCUGAGUUUGAGAUAUUUUUAAAAAAGCGUUUGAAAUUUAUUAAUAUUUUGGUUAAAAUAAGCAUAAUUUGAGUAUUAAAAUGAUUACUUAAAAGUUAGUGUAUUAAAAUAAACAAAAUAGUUAGCUGAAGUAUUAAACUGAGCAAUAAAAAAAGUUUGUGUAUUAAACUGAUUACCAAAGUUUAGUUAAAGUAUUUUUAUGGAAUUUUUACUUUAUGUAUAAAUGGAAGAGCUCCACUCUCUUUUCCUCCUGCCACGUCAGUAAAUGAGGUGAGGGGACGCUGACACGUGUUGUCUAUUUUGUUUGUGCAGGCUUCUGUUUUGUUGGGCCAUGUCUUUCUACGUCGAGUCCAUUGCGUGCUUUAACCAAUUCAACGUGAUGAAACGCCGCGUUUUUCAUUUGGGUAUGCGAGACAUCAUACUCGCAUCUCCAAAGCUAAUGGGGACUUCGGUUGAGCAGCCGAUUUUCGUCUCCUUCUUCGCGAUGUCAGUAACCGAUUUAUCAUCUUUAAGCACUCAAUUAAUUGAUCACCCACGAUCAAGAUUUAAUACGAGAUUUUUCUUAUGCAAGGCGGUGGAGUUCGACAAUAAAAAGGUUAAAAAUUAAUUUUUAAACAAAUUUUUGACGUUUGCAAGAGCUCAACCUGAAGCAUGCAAGACGGAUAUGUUAUUGCAGAGAGGAUAUGACUGUUCACUACAGGUUUGAAUGUCAGGAUAAUCUUGACAAGGGUUUUGAGACCAACACACCUUUCUCUUGGAUCACAUCCAGUUUCAAGGAGGAUGCUUAGUCUGGUGCUACAACUCAGUCUACUCUUUCUCAUGAAUCUGCUGAGUCGGAUUCCCUUUGAAGACAAGUAUCUUAUCCACUCAUGGGCCCUAGGUUGUGUAAUUUUUAAUAGGUGAUCUGUACAUCAUCAUACCGUGUCGUUUAAUUAAAACAUAACAAAGUUUACUGCCUCUUUGUUUGCGUUUGUUUUUGGCCUUCACCUUAUAUGCAUGAGCUCUUCACAUAUUCAUGAUAUUUGUUUAGUUAUGUACAGAUCUUUACUCUUUUGGUGUUAUUGAGUCCUUCAAAUAUUUACCACAAACCUCUUUAUUCAAACCUGAAAUGAACUAAAAGGUCACCUACUCAGUCACUCAUGGAAGCUUUCUAUAAGGUAUCAAACCAUUUAAUUAGAAAGAAAAGAGCAACAACUCUAAUUGCUCUGGAGUAGUGUCCGAUAUAAACACAGAUUCCAUUCUACAAAGAAGCUAUAAAAAAUUCUCUAAAAAAAGAAGCUAAAAAAUAAGAAAGAACCCUAUUAAAUAUAAAACUGAGGAAUGCUUUGGGGAAUUCAAGUAACAAAAUACAUAGGCAAAAAAUUUCAAAAGGAUGAAAGCUUUGAGAGCUAUUGCCUUCACUAAAUCAUUAUGAACCAUUUUUCUAUCUAUGAAGAUCAUGUCUUGAGAUGGGCGCACAUUCGACAUUUAACUUUUAAAUUGUUUGGCCUUCAGUAGAUAUAUUGAAAAAUUGUACGUACAUCAAUUACAAUAUUAAUGGUUAACUGUCUAUAUACUUAGGCUGUAAAUAAGCUAAGCUAAACCAUUUUAAUAGAAAACCAAACAUUUAUAUUCUACAGCCAAACAAAAUACCGAUCGAAUUAAAUCAAUUUUUUUUUUUAAUAUGCUUUAAUCAAUCCAAAUUCGUUUAGAAACAAAAAAAUAUAUAUCCAAAACACAUAAUAGUUAAUAAAUAAUAUACAUUAAAUCCAUGUUGUAAAAUGUAUAUAGGAUAUCUUAUAAAUUUUAUAAGCCUUUAUCACCACUAAUAUAUAUAUAUAUAUAUAUAUAUAUAUAUAGAAAUUUUU